AUGGAAAUCGAAGAAAAUAAUGAAGAGGAAGAAAAAGAAAAGGUUAGCAAAAGUGGUAUUCAACAAGAUGAGGAAAACAAAAUUAAAAUUUUAGAAAAAUCGAAAGCAAAUGAAAAUGAUAUAAAUAAUUAUGACAAAUCGAUAAGCCAACUUCAACCCGACGUAUCCUAUGCCAAUAAAUUGGAGCAUCAUCAUGAGGGUGACAAGCAGAAUGACAACCAGAGUGGCAAAAGUUGUAACGCGUGCGAGUUUUGCGAAGAUGUUUGCUCAUUAGAAUUUUGUAAAAGUUGUGAAGUAAAACGAAAAGAAUUAUAUAAUAAAUAUAAAAGAUACAAUUUAGAAAUAUAUCAAAAUAAAUUAAACCGUUCUAUUAUUUUGAAUGCAAGGGUACAUAAAAAUAUUUUAGCCAAUGAAUAUAGAAAAAUGAAAGAAGUUCGAGAUUUAAGUAAAUCAAGUGAAAGUGUCCAUACUUUUGAUAGUGAAUCAAAAUGUAAGGAAAAAGAAAAGGAAGACAGUCAAUCGGAUGAUAACAAAAAUUGUGAAAAUUCAAAAAAUGAAAAUAGUGAUGAAAAAAAAAAAAAAAAAAAAUUAUUAUAUUAUAGUUAUAUAAAAUAUAAAAAAAAUUUUACAUAUUGUGAAAUAAAAAGACAUUGUAAUAUAGACGAUUGUUGGCUUGUAGCAAAUGGGAAUGUAUAUGAUGUAACAAAUUUUAUUGAAGAACAUCCAGGGGGUAUAAAUUGUAUAUUAAAUAAAGCAACUAAUGAUGUAAGUAGUGAUUAUUCCUUUCAUUCAAAAUAUGCACAAACAGCUGUUUGGAAUCCUUUGAAAAUUGGACGUGUUACAUCAUGCUCCAAAGAAUUUGUAGAAGAUAAAAGUGCAAGUAAUUGUAUUUUUAUGUAA